AUGGCAGACAGCCUCAACCUUGACGAGAUCCUUGCGUUUGCAAUCUCGAUUGCUCGCGAGAUGAUCCGUGAUGGCCAGGCCAAGCGCUUCGACACGGGAGCCGGCGAGGACGAGAAGGCCAACUCGGUCGACGUCGACAAGGCUGUCGAGGACUUCCUUGUUGCCAAGAUUGCCGAGAAGUACCCGGAGCACAAGUUCAUUGGCGAGGAGACUUACGAAGGCCAGGAGAUCACUGACGCUCCGACCUGGAUUGUCGACCCCAUCGAUGGUACCACCAACUUUAUCCACGGAUUCCCCAUGGUGGCUACCUCUAUCGGCCUCGCUGUUGGCGGCGAGCCCGUUGUUGGUGUUGUGUACAACCCCUUCCUGGACCAGCUUUACUCUGCUGCGAAGGGCAAGGGCGCGUUCCUGAAUGAGAAGACGCGCUUGCCUUUGAUGGGCAAGGUCAAGCCUCUCUACUCGCUCGACCAGGCUCUCAUCGCUGUCGAGUAUGGCUCGUCGCGCAAGGCUCCCGCCCUGCCUGCCAAGCUCAACACCUUCAAGAACCUCACCGCUGACAAGAGCGACGGCGGCCAGAUGGUCCACUCGCUUCGUAGCCUGGGCAGUGCUGCCCUCAACCUCUGCCAGGUAGCCACGGGUGGUGUUGACCUCUACUGGGAGAUUGGCUGCUGGCCCUGGGAUGUUUGCGCGGGCAUGUCCAUCCUGGCCGAAGCAGGCGGUGCGAGCUACGGCGGCAAGGCGGACGAUACGGCGUUUAACGGCCAGCCCACUGCGAAGAUUAUGGCUGGGCGCAAGUACCUGUUUGUGCGCAACAUUGCCGCUCCCGUCGGCCAGACGACGCGUGACGCUCAAGCCCACAUUGCGCGCGAGUUUUACCAGAACGCGACCGAGUGGACUCCGUAG